GAGACCAUAUCAGAUGUUGCGAGGGAAUUCCACCAUUUGGUGCACCUGUUCCUGAGAAUAGGAGCCUGGACAGCGAUUAUAAAGAGCAGGAAUCACCCCGAGUCACACCAGUACACAAGCACUUCAACUUUACACUCCAAGUCAUUGCAAGACUCAUCAAUAUUGCAAGCUACAACAUCUUCAGACCUCCCUCGUCGCCAAAAUGCAGAUCAAAAACGCCAUCUUCGCUGCGUGCCUCGCUGCCACUACUACAGCUCUGCCCGCCACCCAGUCCAACACUUUCAACCUCAUUGCAAUUCAUUCCGCAUCAGGCGUGCAGUAUGCUACCUUCAACGCCGCCAAGAGCAGCAUUUUUGCUGGUCUAGCCUCCCAGAAUGCCAGCUGUGCCCGUCCAGAAGAACAAGUUGCUACUUUCUACCUCAACAACGGCGCCCUCUAUCUUUAUGACCAAUCUGCCACUCCUCAAGAACUCUAUGUUGAUCGUUCUGGAAUGGGUCAGGGUAAGAUUGGAUAUACCACUGGCGCUCAGUCCGCCCCCAGGAACGCUGAGCGGGAAGGCUGGGCAGUCAAGGAUGGACACCUGCAAUUUGCGGGCAGUGAUCUCAUUGCUUGCCCCAACAGCAUUGAAAACUCUUGGUCUAUUUGGGCCGCUGCUGGUGUGUCCAACCCGGCUGGAAACAGUGACUGUGUUGGUAUUGCAGCUCGUGUCGAGGAGACUUCCAACCCCAACGGAUGCCUGUACACUGAGUAAGGCAUGCAGGGCGGUCACUUUUGAUGAAAGGAGGAUUCGCUACAGCUGGAAGCAAAUGUUGUUCACAGCUCUACCUCUUAUUCUGUUCGUG